UCUUAUUCUAACACAUUCUACGAUCUUAGUUUUUGUGUUUAUAUCCUUGUUAAGUGAAAAGCCAUUGUUGGCAUGGAAUUAAAAUCAAUUUAGAUUUCUUGUUAUGUUAAAAAAAUGAAUUGUCAUACGUACGUGUUAUCGUGAAUUUUUAAUAGUUGUUAUUUUUUUGUAAACUGUAUUCAUUUUUUAAAUUUAUUUCAAGAAAUUUUAAAUAGAAUCUUAAAAAUUAUUAAAACGCAUAGUAAGGGAUCUCAGUAAAGUAUUGAGGUACUUUUUGUUAAGAGAUGAACUGGGUAUAAAUCACUGCGCAUUACUCACGUCCACAGCAACGUAUGAAAAUAGUAUCACGUUUUAUAUAGUACAGAGGAAAUAUUGCACUGUUAAUCACAUCCAACAGGACAUAAAAACAGAAAGUCUGAGAGAUUAAAGAAUUUGUUGAUGUUACGUGUUGUGGCAAAAUAAUUAUUAAAAUGUAUUAGAAAAAUGUUUUAUUAUUCAAAUAACUUUUUACUUUAGCUAGAAAGUAUUCUAUACGUCAAGAUCAAAAAUGACAUUGAGAGUUUCUCCAGAACCAGCACCAAACUUUACAAUAGCUAGAGAAGUUUUAGGGAUAGCUUGGCCGCUGCACUACAUAUUUUUUGGUUUACGAGUUCCAUGUAUCACUGCUUCGUUUUCUUUGAUCCAAAUAUCGUUACUGGAAGCUACAAAGUUGCAGUUAUAUUCAAAGAGAUUACAAAGUUAUACAUUUCUAUCAGUUGUGAUUGGCUUUCACUUUUUCUUGGUGUUCACAGCUGACCUUAUCCUAACGGUGUUUGCAGGAACAACUGUUUUUUUACUGGUAUGUCAAGUCUUUUUCCUUUUUAUUGGCGUAAUAAUGAGUGUCACCUGCAUAUAUUCUGGUCGCAAAGUCAUCUCACAUUACAGUCAAAGUAAAAUCAAUCUACAACAGCACAUUGGUAUGGGAUCCUUAGAAAAGAAGGAACCAUCCAAAAGUGUAUCUGCAAUAACCAGUCCAUAUAUCAUCAAAAAACUCUUUGGAAAGUCUAAUAACAAACCUAGUAACAUCAAGAAAGUUAUUUUUCAAGAUAAAUCAAUGCGCAAAAUUGCUGUUUUAAGCAUUUGCACAGCCAUAUUCAGUCUUGGUAUUUCUGCGAGUAUUUUGUAUUCGUUUACUUUGACUACAACGAAGACGCCAGAUGCGAUGAGGUGGUUCGUUUUACAGAACUUGUUGCGAAUAUCAGAAGGAGGAAUGGUUGCUACUAUGGCAUAUAUUGUUCGAAGAAAUAUCUCAUUCAGUUGUUGUAAACGCUCGCAAUAACUUCACAUUAAUGUUUUAACAAAAAUGCUAUUUUGUGCGACGGUGAUCACACUGGCUGAAUAAAAAGAAGACAAUAAGAAAAAAAUAAAUAUGAAUAAAACAGGAAUCAAACAAAAGAAGGAAAAAUUACUCUUUUAAUUAAAUAGAUGGUGUAUUAUUUUAAAUAGAUUUUUCAGACAACCUUUCUAACAAUAAUUCACAAGCCAAUCAACUAGUCUUAUGUAUUAAUACGCCAACUAUCAGCGUGUCUGUCUGUGACAGGGAAAUUUAAUAUAUUUAUUUUUCUUUGGAGUAGCCGCAAAAUUAUGUCUUACUUGUUACGUUACGGCACGAUAUUAAUGCAUUCGACUGACGUCAAUACAUUCACUGAGAUUACUAAAGCCAUUGUAUUACACCUUUAAGCUUGAAGUCUAAUAAUUUAGAAGCAUAUAGACACAACUGAAAUCAUCUCCUGCAUGAGUAACUAGGAAUAUUUUUACCUUAUGAACUAGUAUUGAUUGACUGUGGCUGCUCAAAGUAAGAACAUAGAUAUAAGAAAUUAUAUAAUAACAAGUUGAAGGCUUCAGCCAAAAAACGAUAAAACAACAGUACGGAGAUGUCAAAUAUUGGCUUAAUUUUUCUGCACGUGAAAAAGCCAACGUACAAGGACAAUAAUACUGCUAGUGAAAAGAAGUAGAGUAUAAAAAACUGAAGGCUUCGUCAUAACGCAACAAUCGUGUGCAUAAACGUCGGUACAAAAUUU